AUAUCUCCUCCCACUGAGAUUUCUCGACGACGUCCUGGCCCUCUCGACAUUGCUUCAGCGGAGGGAGAUGUUUCUGCACCUCCCCCUUCCGUACUCCUCACCGCACGUGUCAUUGAGAAUCUCAGCGAGGUGGCGUACCCUGAAGGUAUCAAGCGCCCUAAUGUUGAGCUCAAUGCGAACGUCAGGGACGGCCGAUUCAGAUACGAUCGUGACUUCCUUUUGCAGUUCAUGCAUAUCUGCAAGCUGAAGCCGCCCACCCUAGCUGCUCUCGGUGUCCUUGGCAUUGAACCC